AUGCCGAAUCCAAAAGGAGUGAAUGGCUCAAGUGUGAAAGUUUAUCCACCAGACGACCAGUUGCGGGAGACACUGCUGAAGUACGUGAAGCGGGGUCAUACCCAGCAGCAAAAACUUGAGCGGUUGAUUGAAGACCACCAACUCAAGAUCAGUAUUGCCGUCCUCAAUAAACUUGAACGAAGACUAGGAAUUCCUUCUGUCAAAGGAUCUCGGCGAGUAGCAGCAGAAGUGGCUGCACAAGCUGUGAUAGAUGAGCUCGAGAAAGAUCUUGCGCAAAACAAUGGACCAAACUAUGUCAAGAUGCAGUUGCAGAACAAGUUGAUAUUGGUCCCGCGCGCUAUCCUGGCCGCAAAAAAAACUCAAAUACAUCGAACACCGUUGUCAGCACUGGGCCCCUUCCAUGAGAUUUGUUCUGACGGGCACGAGAAACUGGGAGCACAAGCAUUACAGAUGGGCGGUAUAGGCUUACCAAUCUAUGCGUUCAAGGACAAGUGGACAGCAAAGCUGCUCAAAAUCAAUGUUGUCCCAAAUGACCGUACGAAUGCAGCCAUUGGUCACCUAUAUCUUGAUUUUGUGGCCGAGACCAGUGGAACUGGCUUACAGAUGACCGUUGAUAAAGGUUCAGAGAUAGGAUGGAUGCUAGCAAUGCAGGAUUGUCUACGUGAGAUCUUUGCACCGAACAUUGAUCCUGACGUCUAUCCUGCACACAUUUGUGUCAAGAGCGUCCACAAUACUGUCAUUGAAGCGUUCUGGCGAUGGCUAAAGGUAGAACAUAUCUUCAGCGAGAUAACUGUUUACCAUCGCCAUCUCUUUAACUGGAUCUUCCCUUCUCUGGUUCAAGCCGAACUUGAUGACUUUCGUAGCUAUUGGAAUUCACACAAGAUUCGCUACCAGGCAGACAAAAUCAUGCCUUCAGGCCACGUUCCUUCAGAUGCUGCAGAACACCCUCAGCUGUUUGGAGGUAUCAAUUGCUUCAUCAAGGUACCGGUCGCAACAGUAGAAGACCUUCGCGCUGCAUUAUCAGAUGAGGUUGGACCACGAGAGCAACACUUGCGCUGGGUGUCACCUGAGUUUGAGCAGUUUGCACAAACGGUGUACGAGUCACUUGGGAGGCCCGACCUCACCUUAGCAAGUAGCUGGGACGUAUUCUCACAGAUGUCAUUAGAGAUUGAGAGACUAGGACCAGAUAUGUGGCCAGAAAUGGAGUAA